CUGCACAGCCGCACAACUGCCUCUCGAUUCUCGAAUAGCAGUAGUACGUCCCACCGUGUGUAUACACGCAUGUUAUAUAUACCUAUACUAGUAUAUAGCUUGAUCCGCGAAAUCAAAUCAGCUGAUGCCCGCGCGAAAGUGCUGCUCCGAAUUACUCAUAUAACGAAAAUUUUCGUUAGAACAGGUAUAAGUGUUCUUAUCAGUCCAGUCGAUCGGCGCCAGUAGAGCUAAGCUAUAACCGUAUAUAAGUAUACUGUGAAAAGGGCGCACGCAUGAUCCGACGAAUCUCAAGGGUGCUGAGUAGGUUGCACUUUUGACAGCCGGCAGAAUUAGAAGAGAGGCAUGAGAUGGAGGAGGAGCCUAGCGAUCCGCAUGAGCAGCAGCUGUACUAUGUCUUCAAGAGCUGCCUAACAGAGGGGCAAAAUGGACUUGACAAAGAUGGCUUGCUGGCACUCUGCAGCAAGCUGGAACUGGAAGAGAGUCACAGAACUGCAAUAGUAGAGCUGCUUGAGAUAGAUACUGCCAAUAGGUCUGUCUCGUUUUAUGAAUUUCGAGACAGCUUUCUUGCAUUGCUCGGAAAAUCUCAGGAGGGACUAGAAAAGGAAGUCAUCGGUGAUUCGCAAGCUUUGUGUAAGAACAACACAUUGUAUACCAGAUACAAUCAUCAGUCAGGAGAGAGGACACAGUCGGAGAAUAUGAAUUGUCAACAAUUACAGAGCAGUAAAACCUUUGAUCAUCAAAGGCUACAGGAAACAUGGAGUAAUCAAAAUUCACUUUCAAUAGAAGAUAUAAAUGGUUUUUGUAAUGGUGGCUCUACUCUACCUAAACAAUCGAUUGAGCUUAUUUUUGAAAAACUCGAUCUAGACAGUGACGGCUUUAUCAACCGAGAUGAAUUUCUACAUUUUGUUCAAAGUGCUAGUAGUAAAUUUCACGAACAGUCACGUAUAAAUUGGUCUACUCAUCCAAGAAGAGAUCAAACAAAGUCAGACAAAGAUUUUAUACAUCAUCAAACUGGGCAUGUGUUGAGAAGUGCUAUUAUAGAAUUAUGGGAAGUUGCGGGAAUACCAGAAGCCAAUUCUCUGCUGCAUGAGUUAGGAUUCGACGCACCAACAAUUAAUCUUAUCGAUUUAUCAAAUGCCUUAUCGUCCGAGCUUAAGAGUCAUAGAGAUGUGUCUCAUGCAGAAGAUGCAGGGGAAUAUGUGCGUUUGUUGAAAGGAGCUCUGGCCCUAUACCAAGAAGAAGUCAGAAAUUUACAUACUUCGAUGGAACACUUGUGCUGCGAGCGGGACAAACUUCGAGCAGAUAUCGGCGAGGCGAACGAUCGAGCAAACGUUCUAGCGCAGGAAAUCGACGAGCACCAAACCCGCGUGGACAAAGCUCGUCAGGAACAAAUACGUCAGAUGGAAGCGCGGCAUCAGGAAGCUCUUAAGGAUAUUACGGAUCAGCUGAAUCUUGAACGCGACAAGAGCAGUCUGACCAUUAAGUCUUUAGAGGAACAGCUCCAGGCCUCGCAGCAGGCGGAACAGAGAAUCACGGCCGAAUUAUCACGUGUGUUGCAGGAGUUGAAGCUCCUGGAGACGGAGAAUCAGAAUCAGAGUGAGGAAAUCGGCAAGCUUGAGGUUUCUAAUAGUCAGUUAACUAAACAGGUGCAGGAGCUUGCUGCUGCGCAUGAACAGGUGGAGAGCAUUGAAACGAGGGAGAAUGAGCAGGUUUCCGAUCUGAUGUCGCAUAUAAAGCGGCUUCAGGCGGAGAUGAAAGUUUUAAGGGACCACAAUGAUGAAUUGACUUCGGAGUUAGAAGUAUUGAAGCACAGGGAUAAUGACGUUAAAAGUAUUGUCUCUAGCGUAGAGAUAAGAUCAACUAUAUCGGAUGAAAACGAUGGUUUGAUAAGUAUGCCUACUACCGAAAUAAGUGAUACAGAGGAUGAGGAUAAGCACCAUCAAAAAUAUUCAGAUCAUUCCAGAACCAUCAAAGUCAUCAACGUCACACGUAGCAAGCCCUCGGUAGACGAACAAAGCAGUAACGGUAACAGUAUUAAUAAGCUGACCGAAAUUAUCCAGGAAUUCCGAAACUUUCUUACUGGAGCAAAGUUUUGCGCGGAAUGUGCUGUUAUAAGGACUGAGGUCUCUUCGCUGAUAAGCGAGCUUGAACUAUAUCAGUCAAGUGUGUCAGCGAAUCAGGCAACACUGGCGACUAAUAAUAAAAAGAAGCAGUUGAGAAAUUUAGCUAAUGAAUUAGAGGCCGAGUGCAAAAGCAGUAGCCGUAUAAACGAAUCAUCAUCCUGUCGUGACCUAGUCAUGCCUAGAAAUGACAGAUUUAAGAAUUGCAGAAGGAUUUCCACUAGUGAUGAUACGAUACAUGACAUGGACGAAAAUUUCGACGUUAUAACAAUAAAAGCUGUCCCGAAAAACAAGCUAUCGGGAUUAAGAGACUAUCCACCGCGUAAAGAAUCAGAAAAAACGGGCAAAAAAGGAGUUAUCAAUAAUUUGAAUUUCAAAAAGUGUAACGUCGAGGUGAAAGAUCCGCUAAAAGAAGAAGAAGCUAGACAUGCCGCUGAAAAAAAGCAGUUGCAAGAAAGAGUAAGCGACUUGGAAAAGAGUCUAGAAAUGCUUAAAGCCGAGUACGAACAAUGUGAGGACUAUUGGUGUACAAAGCUAGAAGAAGAGCGUCAAAUCUUUGAACAGGAGCAAAAGAUCAGCGAUGAAAAGUUUUCUGAGUUAAUAGUCAAGAUGGCCGAGUACGAAGAGCAAUUCAAUCCGAGCGGCAAGCAUGAUGGCCGACUCUCGCCGAUCGAAGAACGUUUCAGUCUUGAACAGCAGUAUAAUGACCUCGAGGAAGAGUUCGAGCAAUGGCGAAAUGAGGCCCAAGAGGAACUCUCUAAAAAAACAAAACAGAUAGAGGAGCUGAAAGCUAAACUCAGUAGCGAGAAACGUUUGUCAUUGGCGGAUAUUUCGGUGCAGUUCCCAGAAGAGCCGAUGAAGGACAUGUAUCCAACUUUGUAUAAUCAGCUUUGUUCACCUGGAGGAUCUACUGAGAACACAAUCCCUAAGACUAGUUCGACAGUUCCUAUGGAGGCUAACAGUUGCACGAUGCAACAGUGCGUACAGUGCCAUAAAUUGACAACGCAACCAAGUUGCGACUGCCAUGCAAACACACAUCAAAAUCUUCCACAGCAACAUCAUGAAGGGCAAAAGAGCCGGAGGAGCGAGGGAAAAAGUAGACAUCAUCACCAUCACUACCACAAAAAGAUGGAGGUAGAUUACGAAUUCAAUAACUUGAUAAAACAGAAGGAGAAAUUGAAGCAAGAAAUCAUGAAACUGCAGAGUUUAAAAACUAUGAACGCGAAUCAUAUUUAUCCUAUGAUAGCACCUGAGCACCAAACUAUUUUUUCGAAUCUGUGUGCAAAACUAUAUGCUCAGGAACAGAAGCAGAAGUAUAUGCAAGUAUACUACCAAACUCAGCAAAAGAACAAUGAACAAUAUUUACAAGAAAUAUACAAGCAACAUCUAUUAGAUAUGUCGAAUCUCCAAUUUGUUAUUAAAGCUACAGAGGAUAAGCUUAAUCGUCAGAUAAAAUUAAAUCAAGAACAGAAAGAUAAACUGACCAAAAACGAUUUUUUGACCAAGGAAUUGUACGUAGAAAAUGCUCAACUUACAGAGACGAUCAAGCGCCUAGAACAGCACUGCCAGAUCCUGACGCAAAAUCGUAUCGAGACGACGUCGACAUAAUUAUAAUCAGAUGAAAAUACUGAAAUCAGCGUGUCGUUGUUUAGCAAUUUGUUGAGAGAUAGAACUCAGGGAUGAUUUAAAGGUAUUUAAGAGAAAAAUAUGUAAUCAUCAAAAACUAAAAAGAUACUAGAGUCCUUCUGUUUCUUUCUGUCAAUUAUGGUCGUCACUAAUCUUUAAAAAGUUGCGCGUAAUAUACACUUCCGUAUAAUUAAAUUUCAUGAACGGUGAUCGGUCAUUAUUUCUUCAAGAAUGAUAAAACAAAAAUGAAGUUAAUUGAAUGAACACAAAACAUUUGAAAAUUCGGUUCCUAAAAAGAUAUCAGACACAAGUGUAAAAUGAUCGUUUGUAAGAUAAGUAGUUUAUAAAAACAUAAGUCCAAAUGUUCGUUUAUAAACGAACAUGAUUUGCCUUAUUAGUUUACUUAAAAACACAUACAUAGAAAUAAAUGAGUUACAUUUUUAAAGAGCUUGCAAUAAAUAAUAUUCAAUUCUAAGUCUGUAAAUCAGCUCUAUAACGAGCUUAUCAAGUAAUUUUUAAAAAAUUAAUAUUGGAUUCUCUUUGUAACUCAUUGUUUGAAUUUUUAAAAUGAGGUAGAAAUUAUUAAUCGUCUAUAGUCAUUGAAGGAAAUGUAAUUGUAAUGUUAUCUUAAUAACCGAAUAAUAUUUUGAUAUGAGUCAUUUUCUUUUUAUAUAAUUUUUGUAUAUUGAUAAACGGCACUUGUUUCAACAUAAUUAAAAUAUUGAAACAAAUUUGUUGUAUUAUACGUAAAUGAAUUUUUGAAAAACCUCAGAACUCGUAACUUCUAGGUUGUAGUGCAUUGUAAACGAAUCUAAAAUAAUCAAAUCAAACGUGGGUACCUUUUAUCUAUUUAAGUUAAAAAAAUUAAUUAACAUUUACGUUAAAUGUAGCCAUACCGUCGAUUGCUUAGUCUUUUUAUUUAGUUUAAGAUAUGCUUAAAUUUGAUCAAGUAUUUACAUUCAUUUUUAUAUAUAUCUAAGAUGAAUUUGUAGAAACAAUCAUUUUUUGGCCAUGCAUAUAUAGGAAAAAUGAUACAAUUAUAUAUAUUUAUAUUCAUAAUAUAGCUAGUUAUAUAUUAUCAAUUAUGACAGUUAUAUUUGUUUAUAAUAAAGGAAGCAUAUAAGUAAUUUUCAAUAACUUUAUAUGUUCGUAUAUGAUAAAUAACAUUUUUUUCUAAUAUACAUGUUAGGCUAUAAUUACAAAGUUGUAUAUUUAUUUCGUAAAAAUGAAAGUUACUCAUGUUUGUUGACAUGGCACUAGAAAAAGCAUAUUUUAUAGUCCACAGCUGUGAUAUACAAUAAACGCGUGCUUUACAACUAGUGCUAGUUUACUAUUUUUUCUUUGCAAAAUCUAAUAAAACUGUCAUAUUACGUGGAACUACCACUAAACCAGGAAUCGCAUGAUUAUUGAUAUUAUAAAUGUAACGCAAUGAUUAAUUUAUAUACAUAUACAUAUUGGUUACUUCUUAUACUCUGUUAAGUAUUAAAAAACCUGAGCUUCGUUUAAAACUUUAGUAUUUUUUUUUAAGUUUAGCACAUAGAAAGGUAGAUGAAACUCCCGUGAAAUGAACGAAACUAUAUUUGUAAUUGUAUAAAGAUAUAAAGAAGGUGUUGAGUAAAUAUAUAUUAUUGAACACUAAGAAUAAUUUCUUAUGAAAAAUACAACAGAAUUA